AUGUCGCCUGUCUGGAAUCGUUUAAUUCGCUUUGUUGCUGCUGAUAGCAAAAUAUACUUUGGUGAGCCUAUCGUUGCUGAUGCUCAUGUUACUGUCGACAAACUCUUUGAGAAUGGCACUUUGGAAGCUAAGGUAAUUACUGGCGACGUAUUUUCUCCUGACGCUGUUGUAAGCGAUCAAGUGGAAAAAGUCACCGAGAUCCUCUCUCCUCUCAGUAGAGAUCAAGUUCCCAUCAUCAAGUGCAUUGGUUUGAACUACAAAGCCCACAUUGCUGAAGGUGGCCGCACACCUCCUCCUUAUCCUUCUGUCUUUAUUAAGCCCUCCCACUGCCUCGCUGAUACCUUUGAGGAUGUUCCCAUUACCAAGAUUGCUCAAACCACUGUUGAUUAUGAAGGUGAAUUGACCAUUGUCAUUGGCAAAACCGGUAAGGAUAUUCCUAUUUCUCAAGUGUCAGAAUACAUUGCUGGUUACACUGUGGGCAACGAUGUCUCCAACAGACUAUGGCAAAGAGAUCCCAAGCACGCUGGUGGCGUUCCUCAAUGGUGUUUCAGUAAAGGCUUUGAUAAGUUUGCUCCUAUCGGUCCUGUUGUCGUUUCCAACAAGCUUCUCGGUGAUCGUCCUGCUCUUGAUCUCCAAACCAGAGUGAAUGGCGAAGUCAGACAAUCCACAAACACCUCUGAUCUCUUGUUCCACGUCCCUGAAAUUGUUUCUUUUAUUUCUCAAGGUACAACUUUGGAGAAGGGCACCAUUAUCAUGACGGGUACUCCUGCUGGUGUUGCUAUGGGCAUGAAGAAACCUCGCUAUCUCAAUGACGGUGAUUUGGUUGAAGUCGAGAUCCAAGGUAUUGGUAGAGUUGCCAACCACAUGGUUUUUGAGAAAUAG